CAUUUGAACCAAUGGUAGGACGAAUGGGACUGCUGUAGCCAAUGGCAAACUAGUCUGAGUGCGCACUCGUUGGACGACGACGACCAUGGACUGGAGUAGUGUCCUUAAAUUUGGUGUAACAAACUUUUAGGAUUUAGUUUCGAUACGGGCAAAACGGAGUGAGGUGGUGCAGCUGUAAUGGGGGAAACCGAAGGUUCAUACAGGGUCUUGCAGACCCCUGGUACAAGGCUUGGAGCCCAGUUCAAUGCUGGUAUCAGCACAUUGGAGCCGGGCCAGAGCCUCAGUGGCAACAUGAUCAGCGGGAGCAGAAGCCAUGGGCGAGGACUACAAAUCCGCGUGCAGGGGUUGGACGACUCCCAGGAGUUCUUUGAUAUAGACCAAAAAGCUCUUGGACAGGCCCUCCUCUCUGAUGUUUUCCUGAGAGGCAACCUCAUAGAGAGGGAUUACUUUGGCCUCGAGUUUCAGAACAUGCAGAUGAACUGGGUUUGGCUAGAACCCACAAAACCUGUGGUGAAACAAGUCAGAAGACCGGCAAAUGCACUAUUUAGACUGUCAGUGAAAUUCUUUCCUCCAGACCCCGGUCAGCUGCAGGAGGAGUACACAAGAUACUUAUUCUCACUGCAGAUGAAAAGAGAUCUGAUGGAGGGCAGGUUGAUCUGCACAGAAAAUACUGGAGCCCUGCUGGCCUCUCACCUUGUCCAGUCGGAGAUUGGCGACUAUGAUGAUGAAGCAGACAGGGACUUCCUGAGGAUGAACAAGCUGUUGCCUUACCAAGAGAAGGUGCAAGAGAGGAUCAUGGAGCUCCACCGUAGGCACCUGGGCCAGACUCCUGCUGAAUCAGAUUUCCAAAUCCUGGAGAUUGCCCGCAAACUGGAGAUGUAUGGCGUCCGUUUCCACCCAGCCGCUGACCGGGAAGGCACCAAAAUUAAUCUAGCUGUUUCUCAUAUGGGCCUUCAGGUUUUUCAGGGAAACACAAAAAUAAAUACCUUCAAUUGGUCCAAGAUUCGCAAACUGAGCUUCAAGAGAAAACGGUUCCUGAUCAAGCUCCACCCAGAGGUUCAUGGCCCUCAUCAGGACACUCUUGAGUUUAUGAUGGCCAGUCGAGACCAGUGUAAAAUCUUUUGGAAGAUCUGUGUAGAAUACCACUCAUUUUUCCGUUUGUUUGAUCAACCCCAACCCAAAUCCAAAGCUAUCCUCUUCACUAGAGGCUCUUCCUUCAGAUACAGUGGAAGGACCCAGAAGCAACUUGUGGAGUAUGUCAGGGAAAAUGGAGCAAAGAGAACGCCAUACCAGAGGAGGAACAGUAAAAUACGAAUGUCUGCUCGCUCCCUAGCCACAGAUGUGCCAAAACAGAACUUAUCAUUCAAUGACAGUCUCAGGGCCCAAGGUUCCCCUUCCUCCGCUACAGUGUCCUUCCACCCAGCGCACAUCUCUAGCCUUCUCCCGCGAACAGAACUCCAACCUCAGCCCCAGCCUUUGUCUCCAGCGCCUCACCAGCAGCAACAACAGCAGCAGCCGCUUCACUCCCCUCUGCAAGCUGCCAGACCCCCCAGCCCUCCGAAGGAAGAACCUGUCAAGGCUGCUUCCCCGUCUCACUACGCUUUUCAAGAUUCAGUCGUGGACAGCCCUCAGCUCUCACCAUACAACUCCAAAGGUCCCCUCUGCCUGUCGCCCUCCUUCCAGAUGUCGACCCUCAGCCUGCCAGGCCAGGCCCCAUCGCCCCUGCAAAGCCCCAUCCUGAGCGAGGUGGGCAGCAAUGCCAGGCUAGAGGAGGAGGAGGAGGGCAGGAGGAAGCGAUAUCCCGCCGACAAGGCCUACUUCAUUGCCAAAGAGAUUCUGACCACUGAGCGAACGUACCUGAAAGACCUCGAGGUCAUCACUGUGUGGUUUCGCAGCGCUGUGAUCAAAGAAAACGCCAUGCCUGAAGGCCUGAUGACGCUCCUCUUCUCCAACAUCGACCCCAUCUACGAGUUCCAUCGGGGCUUCCUCAAGGAGUUAGACCAGAGACUGGCUCUCUGGGAGGGACGCUCUAACGCUCAUGUCAAAGGGGACUACCAGAGGAUUGGUGAUGUGAUGCUGAGGAACAUGUGUGCUCUUAAGGAAUUCACCAGCUACCUACAGAAACAUGAUGAGGUGUUAACAGAGCUGGAGAAAGCCACCAAGAGGCUGAAGAAGCUGGAGACAGUCUACAAAGAGUUUGAACUGCAGAAAGUCUGCUACUUGCCCCUCAACACAUUCCUGCUCAAGCCCAUCCAGCGCCUCAUGCACUACAAACUCAUCCUGGAGAGACUAUGCAAGCAUUAUUCUCCCACCCACCGUGAUCACGACGACUGCAAGGAGGCUCUGAAGGAAGUGGCUGAGAUAGCCACCCAGCUCCAGAGCAGUCUCAUCCGGCUAGAGAAUUUCCAGAAGCUGACAGAGCUGCAGAGAGACCUGAUUGGUAUAGAGAACUUAACAGCACCAGGCAGGGAGUUCAUAAGAGAGGGGUGUCUGUACAAGCUUACCAAGAAAGGACUGCAGCAACGGAUGUUUUUCCUGUUCUCAGACAUGCUCCUCUACACAAGCAAAGGUGUUACAGCGACCAAUCAGUUCAAAGUGCAUGGCCAGCUGCCACUUCAUGGCAUGAUAGUUGAGGAAAGUGAAAAUGAGUGGUCAGUCCCGCACUGCUUCACCAUCUACUCUGCUCAGAGGACCAUUGUGGUGGCUGCCAGCUCUAAAGUGGAGAUGGGGAAGUGGAUUGAGGAUCUGAACAUUGCUAUUGACAUGGCCAAGAAGUCACAGGAGAAAUCCAGCAUCUUCCUUGAUGCUGGACUCGGGGAUCACUCCAACCGUUCAUCUGACGAGGUUUCUCUGGAGCAGGAGUCCGAGGAUGACAUGAACUCCUCCCGUACUUCACUGGACAAGCAGACACACCACCGUGCCAACACCACCAUGCAUGUGUGCUGGCACCGCAACACCAGCGUGUCUAUGUCUGAUCACAGUCUGGCUGUGGAGGCCUUUCUUCCUUUUUGUGUCUUCACCCUCUCAGUCUUCGGCUCUCCGGCUGUCUCACCAGAGCUUCCUCCUCGCUAUCUCCUCGGUCAGGGCCAAAGACCAAACACCAUCACACAUGUUUGCUGGUACCGAAACCAGAACCUCUCUCUCACUGAUUACCUGCGCAUGAACCAGAACCAGCUCUCAGGCUACCUCCUCAGGAAGUUCAAGAACAGUAAUGGCUGGCAGAAACUCUGGGUUGUUUUCACCAACUUCUGCUUGUUCUUCUACAAGACUCACCAGGACGACUUCCCGCUGGCUAGCCUCCCCUUGCUUGGCUACACGGUCAGCACCCCCGAAGAGUCAGACAGUAUUCACAAGGAGUACGUCUUCAAACUGCAGUUUAAGUCCCACGUUUACUUUUUCCGGGCAGAAAGCGAGUACACCUUUGAAAGAUGGAUGGAGGUGAUCAAGAGUGCAGCCAGCACUACGGGCUGGGUGAGCCUGCUCAUACCCAAAGGGGGUACCAUGGAGAUGAACGGAAACUGAAUCUAACAUCAUAUACCUGGAGGCUGGGCCUCUAGGACAAGAGCAAGACUCGCCAGUCUGGUUGUCAGUGUAACUUUCAAGUGAAGUGAACGUUUGGAAAAUAGCAACUGGAGAUUGACAGAUAUUGCCAGUUUAAGUGUUAACAUUUCUCAGCCUAAAGAUUUCAUUCUAAUGACCUGUGCAGUUUUCUUGAUUAAUGAUUUAAUUGAUAACAUUUGUUCCUAUACAGGAUAUAAUGAAAGGGAGACUUGUACAUUUUGAUCAGUUUUUGCAUAUAUAGCGCUCAAUUGGGCUGCUCAUACAGACUGAUGGGGGAAUACUGUUAUUUGGGACCAACUCCUACACAAAGGGCUUACAUUCAGGCUUUUUUGAAGGACUUUUCUGUUUAAGCACCUGAUGACUGAAGCUAUGUUGGGUACAGCACUGUGCUAUAAGUGGGACACAGAUGAUGUACAGUACGUGGAAAAAGAAGGUUCAGGAUAGUAUUUACUUUGAAACAGUCAGAGAUGUGUGUGAGAUGGGGGCGAGCAGAGGGUUCAUGGAAUGUUGAAACGGGUUUGGGAUUAGAAAUCAUUACAUUUUGGAGAUGCAUGGGAAGUUUUGAGAAGUUCAUGCUGCUGUUGGGACAGUGAGACAAGCCAUUUUGGUUUUAAAUACUGAAAAUAAAGCUGUAUGACUUAUUACUAUAACCAGUAUUUAUUUCUAAACUAGUAUCUGAGGCUUUAUUUGCCUGUUAAUUGAAGGAUUCAAAGGAUGUUUCAAAUGUUCAAAAGGGAGCUUUUCGACUGAAAUCUCCUGGUUAGGUGGCAUUACGGCCAGUUUGGUGCUACAUUUCUCUCUUUAAUAUCAAAUGUAAUCAAAUGUAUCCUGUUUUUUACUUUUGCAUAGGGAUAACAACUGUGUAGUGUUUACUCUGUGAAAAGUUGGCAGAUUUUCCUCCUGAAAACAAACCAGAAGAAUAUAUUUUGAAGUAAUUGUACUUGGUGACGUCUUGCUGUGUUGACUGUUUUGGAUAAAUGGGAGCUGAUGUAUGGGAGACGCCAAUAUGGUCAGUUAUUUAGUGCGCUACAGGCAACCCUGGUAUUAAUUGGUAUAUUUUUUUUGUAUGAAGACUGGAACCCUUACCCUGUGUGUGUGUGUGUGCGUGUGUGCGUGCGUGCGUGCGUCUGUGCACGUGUGUCCGGAGAAACCACUGGAGCUGUAACAAAAUUGAUGAUAGAGGUCAUCUCCAAACCAUCUGACAUUCUGUGUGUGUAAGAGACUGGCUAUUACACAGUUAACAAACAGUAUGUUACUCCUAUUUAUUGUUUAGCAUGUCAUCAGGGCCAUGUUCCUGAAAGCCCUCAUGUAGUCUUCAUGUUAUUCCAUUGAAAACCUAACAAAUAAAAAUCGUUUCAAUCACA